UCCUGGUCAUACCUGUGCCUCACCUGUGAAUCCUGAUCAUGCCUGUGCCUCACCUGUGAAACAUGGUCAUGCCUGUGCCUCACCUGUGAAACCUGGUCUUAACUGCAUGCAGCUCACCUGUUCACCUCACCCUCAUACCUGGGUCUGGCCUGUGAGCCUGGUCAUCCCUGUGCCUCACCUUUGAACCUGGUCACACCUGCGCCUCACUUCUAGACCUGGUCAUAUUUGUGCCACCACUGUGGACCCCAGCAUGCUGGAGCAAUGCUUAAACCAAGUCAUACCAGUGUGUUUAAAGUGUGACUGAUCACCCACGUUUGUCAGAUUUCAUACCAGAAGUUACCUACAUUUUGAAACCCACAUGGAACUCCUGUUGUUGGUUAUCCUUAUUGUUGUUCUUAUCGCCUUAUUUUACAUUGAGGGGAUGCUGAUUGUAAUUUAAAUUGUCCAGUGUUCGCAGAAAUAGGACAAUAUCUUUGCUUGUUUUUCUCCCCGUGUGGAAAAGCACAGUGCACGGGUCUCAUUUUAAGUUGGACUUAGUUUUCAUGUUCAUUGUCUAACUGUGGAAACCAUCUGGUGUCUCAUUGCAUCUUUUGAUUGCCUUCUUUCUGCAGUAUGACGUGCUCAUUAUAUUUGACUUCAUUUCUCGUUUCACUCUCCGGAAGACUGGAUCUCUCCCACCUUCAUACGCUAGUGCUUAAAGCCCACAUUUCCACGUAGCCGUGUUUCGUCAUGCGAGUGGUGCAUUAAAUUGUAGUCUCUAUGGUCAGUGGGCCGUCGUGCGCUGGCUUCAUUAGUUGCCUGUUGCUGAUGGGAGUUGUAGUCCAAGAAUUGGCCCAUCUCCCUCACUGCCAGCACUGGACCUACUCAACCAUCAGCAAGCAGAAAAAAAAGCCUUUUUUUGAUGCUGCCUCUAAUUAGGUUGCCCAUGAAACAUUUUGGCUCCACAGGCUGGGACUACAUCUGGAGCAGUGAGAGGGGUAGAAAACUAAAAGAGAAAACCAGGCCGCGUUUAUCAUCCUUGGUAACACUGCACUGACCACAAGCCACAGGAUAGCAACCCCUCUUUCGUUGUGACAUCACAUUUCAAGAGCUUUCAGCUCCUGCAUACUUGGCCUCCAGGCCUCUACGCACAGUGUCUACACGUACAUUCACACCCAGCCAAAUGCCUGCUAAAAACUCAACCUGUCUAAUGGAAAUGCUAGGAGUGUUGUAUGUAUUUAAUCCCUGUUUGAUGUCAGGUUUUAUUUUUAUUAUUUUCUUCGGGGGGAGGGGUGUGGCGACUGGAGUCAUUCAGCGAUCUUUAAAUCACCUGGUUGGCUCUUGUUACUCACUGAGUGCUACCAUAUCAGCCUAUCCAAUAGUAUACAGAUCAGUGGAUCUGCACAGACUUGAUUUUUCAGAAAAAGCUGCUGGUCAAUGCCAGUUUGACCCAGUGUUAUGGAACUGGAAGAUCUUAGUUUGGAACAUCCUUAGUUUAUUUUUUGUUAUUUCUUUUAGUUAUGUCUAACAGAGUAGCAGUUUUGUAACAUAUUUAAUGUAAUUAUUUAAAAAAUGUACAUUUUAUAUUAAAAUGUGAUGCUGUGUUUAAAAGAAAAUUGAGUUUUCUUUGCAUAAUUUUGAAUUUUCACUCAGCGGACACCUUUUCUUUUUUCUAUAAUCUUUUGCCUUUUGUGGAAAAAUGAUUACAGAAAAUGAAAGUAGUAGUUGUCUUGAGAAUUGUGCUAACCGAUUGAAAAUUCUUAAAUAAUAAAUGUUAAUUCUUUGUAAUAUGAAUAUCUGUUUCUGAUCCCUCCAGUCACGAGUUCUUCGGUCUAAUCCCUUUGCGCACAAAAGCGCGCGCGCGCACGCGAAUGCAGCUUGAUCUGUGGUGCGGUGUUAGUUAUUUCAACGGUGCCUUUUCAAAAACGAGACUCCCUAGCGUUGUAUUCGAAGCCUGAGGUAUGAGAGUGCGGUUGGAGGGCAGGAUACUCUGCGUAACGCAUGGGCUACUUGUGCGCACGCAAGUCAAGUGCAGCUGUGACUUCCAUAGAGUUCAUUAGAGUCGCACACCAUGAUGACGCCGAGAUUUUUGGAAUAGAGGAGAACGGGAUUAUCCACAGACCGCGGCUCCCCAACUGUGAGUCAAGACCCACUGGAGGGUCAUGAGAGGGGCUGAGACAUGUCCGUGGAUACGCAGCAACACCACAGGGGCGAUCGGAGGAGAAGGAGCGACAAGCGGCCAGCCCCCAGCCCGGGGAACGAGGGAGAGCGAGAGUCACAGCGCCCCCUGCUGUCAGGGCGGCGACAUCGUGUCUCAGGGAUCUGGGACGGGAAGCGAGACUGCCCCGCGUGCAUGCGGGGCAGGGGAGGGGGACCGGGACGGUGCAGGGGAAACGCUGGGGUGUGACUCGGAGGAGUGGGAGGAUCAGCAGCGCCGCCCGCUGGCCCAGCAGGGUACUGCAGGCGAGCCGAAGGAUGGCGAGGAGCAGCCGGUGGCGCCGGAUGGGGGAUGGGGCUGGGUGGUGCUGGGCGCCACCGUCAUGGUGCUCGCCCUCACCCUGGCCUUCCCCACCUGCAUCGGCAUCUUUUACAACGACCUGCAGAACGAGUUCCAGGCCAGCAACACUGAAACGUCCUGGGUGCCUUCCAUAAUGACUGCAGUACUGCAUGCUGGAGGCCCCCUGUGCAGCGUGCUGGUGGAGCGCUACGGCUGCCGGCCGACCGUGAUGGUGGGCGGAGUCCUCAGCGGCCUGGGGAUGGCGGCCAGCUCCUUCACCCGCACCGUCACCGAGCUGUACGUCACCGCCGGCUUCAUCACAGGGCUCGGGUGCUGUUUCUCCUUCCAGCCGGCCGUGACGAUCAUGGGGCACUACUUCGUCCGGCGGCGAGCCUUCGCCAACGCCAUGUCGUCCACGGGCACGGCGCUGGGGCUCUGCGCGCUGCCGCUCCUGGCCGACUUCCUGCUGGCGCGGCUGGGCUGGCGCGGCAGCUUCCUGGUGCUGGGCGGGCUCCUGCUGAACUGCUGCGUGUGCGGGGCCGUCAUGAGGCCCCUGCGGGACCCCCGCCGCCGCCGCCGCCGCCGCCGGGACCCACCCGACGCCCGCCCGUCGCCGCGGGACGCGGGGGGGCUGAAGGGGGGGGUGCGGGCGGCCCUCGACGCCCUGGUGGCCUUCCUGCUCCAGCACAUGGCCUUCGACCUGUUCCUCAGCAACCGGCGCUACCGCGCGUACGCGCUGGGCGUGGCCUGGAUGAUGCUGGGCUUCGUGGUGCCGCUGGUGUACCUGGUGCCGUACGCCACGGCGCAGGGGGUGGAGCCGGGCCGGGCGGCACUGCUGCUCUCCGCGCUGGGCUUCGUCAACGUGUUCGCGCGCCCGCUGUCCGGCCUGCUCCUGGGCCUGCCCCGCUUCCAGGGCCGCGGCGUCUACCCCUACGCCUUCGGCGCUGCCCUGCUGGCCAACGGGCUGAGCGACUGCGCGUGCUCGGCGGCGGCCGGCUUCCCGGCGCUGCUGGCGUACGCGGUGGCGUUCGGCCUGUCCAUGAGCGUGGUGGGCUCCCUGCUCUUCACCGUGCUCAUGGACAUCGUGGGGAUGAGCCGCUUCCCAGCCGCCCUCGGCCUGCUCAGCACCAUGGAGAGCGUUACCCUCCUGCUGGGCCCCCCGCUCGCAGGGAUGCUGGUGGACGGCACGGGGCAGUACGCCUACGUCUUCUACGCCUGCAGCGCCUCGGUCUCCUCCGCCGCCCUCUUCCUCGUGGGGUCCUUCUAUUGGCUGGACAGACAGAGAGGUGGGGAGGAGACGCAAGCCCCUCCCCCUUCCAGGCCAGAUGCCACACCCUCGCGGGGCUGGCAGUACCGCAGCGUGCCUACAGAGGGACGGGCAGGGGGAGGAGUUUACCCGGAGAGGGCGGAGUUCAUGUAUGUCACGAGUGUGUGAGUGGCCCUUGAACACAUGGGAGCCUUCUUAACUUCCAGGCCGGCAUGCUGGCACAUAUGACAGAAGUGCACACAAGCGUGCACACACACACACACACCACAUAUACACUCAUUACAGAAAUACACAUAAUACAUGCACACACACAUACAUAUAAAAGAACCAUGGAUGCUUACAUGACACGCACACACACACACAUGCAUUCCACUUACAUGUGAAAAGCGCAUGUACACACACACACACACACACACACACAGUGAGUGCAAAAAGCCAGAAUCUUGACUUGAUAAAGACACAUGCUUCAAAUGAACACAUGCUUGAGUACUGAAAGACACAAAUAUAAUUACUCCUCUUGAUCUCCUACUUUCCAUUUCCCUUUCUAAAGAAACGGCUGGUGCUGCUUCAGUUUUAAAUACAGGUGGAGCUGCCUGCCUCUCAGGCUGACCUGAGUUCACAUGUAACCGAGCUUUUGCUCUUUAGGGAAUAUGAAUAUGAAUAUGAACACGGCCUCACUCUGCAGCCCUGAAUAUGCUGCAGUAAUGUUGAGUGGCAUAAGUGUCUUUAGUCUGGUGUCUGUUCUUCUGUUCAUAUUUUACCUUAAAAACCAAAUGUGUUCACUACGGUAUCCUCUCCAAAGUUAUUCAUGCCAUUGAUAAAGAUCACCAAGAAUGUUGUAUGCUCAAAAACAAUAUAAUAAUAUUCUUUUUAAAAAAAGAAUACUAUUCUUUCAUAUCAAUGCAAAAAAAAAAAAAACAAUAU